AUUCCAUAAGAGAGAAAAAAAAACAGAGAACGAUGAGUGUAGGAAGAUUUGUGAGUGUCUCUCUGCUAAUAGCAGCUCUAGUUUCAUCACUGUGCGAGUCUCAAAAGAACUUUGCGUGUGACAGGAAUGACCCUGCGACGGCUAAGUAUGGUUUCUGCAACGUCUCGUUGUCGUAUGAAGCACGUGCCAAAGAUUUGGUCUCACGUCUCUCCCUUAAGGAAAAGGUCCAGCAACUCGUAAACAAAGCCACAGGAGUUUCAAGGCUCGGUGUUCCUCCGUACGAGUGGUGGUCGGAAGCUCUCCACGGCGUCUCCGACGUUGGACCAGGGGUGCGUUUCAACGGGACGGUGCCUGGGGCGACGAGUUUCCCGGCGACGAUAUUAACGGCGGCCAGCUUUAACACAUCGUUGUGGCUAAAAAUGGGAGAAGUGGUUUCGACGGAGGCUCGAGCGAUGCACAACGUAGGACUAGCUGGACUCACCUAUUGGAGUCCCAACGUUAACAUUUUUAGAGAUCCAAGGUGGGGUCGUGGCCAAGAGACGCCAGGGGAGGAUCCUCUGGUUGUUUCGAAAUACGCCGUGAACUACGUUAAGGGCUUACAAGAUGUUCACGACGCCGGAAAGUCACGGCGGCUUAAGGUGUCGAGUUGUUGCAAGCAUUACACUGCUUACGAUCUUGAUAACUGGAAAGGCGUCGAUAGAUUCCAUUUCGACGCCAAGGUAACGAAGCAAGACUUGGAAGACACGUAUCAGCCGCCAUUCAAGAGCUGCGUAGAGGAAGGAGAUGUGAGCAGUGUAAUGUGUUCUUACAACAGAGUUAAUGGCAUCCCAACUUGUGCAGACCCUAAUCUUCUUCGUGGAGUUAUCCGUGGCCAAUGGCGUCUUGACGGGUACAUCGUUUCGGAUUGUGAUUCCAUCCAGGUCUAUUUCGAUGACAUUCAUUACACCAAGACACGUGAAGACGCAGUUGCUCUCGCCCUCAAAGCAGGUUUGAACAUGAACUGUGGAGAUUUUCUAGGUAAGUACACAGAGAAUGCAGUGAAGCUUAAGAAACUGAACGGAUCAGAGGUUGAUGAAGCGCUGAUUUACAACUACGUUGUUCUCAUGAGGCUCGGAUUCUUUGACGGAGAUCCAAAAUCACUUCCCUUUGGUCAACUUGGACCGUCUGAUGUCUGCAGCAAGGACCAUCAAAUGCUUGCGCUAGAAGCCGCAAAACAGGGGAUUGUGCUGCUUGAGAACAGAGGAGAUCUUCCGUUAUCGAAGACCGCGGUUAAGAAAAUAGCAGUUAUAGGGCCAAAUGCAAACGCUACAAAGGUAAUGAUUAGUAACUAUGCUGGUGUUCCUUGUAAGUACACAAGCCCUUUACAAGGGUUGCAAAAGUAUGUACCGGAAAAGGUUGUUUACGAACCGGGGUGCAAAGAUGUCAAAUGUGGUGAGCAAACACUAAUUUCAGCAGCGGUCAAGGCGGUUUCAGAGGCUGAUGUGACAGUUUUGGUGGUUGGAUUGGAUCAGACGGUAGAGGCAGAGGGUCUUGACCGGGUUAACCUAACCCUUCCGGGUUACCAAGAAAAGCUGGUGAGAGAUGUGGCUAACGCUGCAAAGAAAACUGUUGUGUUGGUCAUAAUGUCAGCCGGACCUAUAGAUAUCUCAUUCGCCAAGAAUCUGAGCACGAUUAGCGCGGUUUUAUGGGUCGGAUAUCCUGGUGAAGCUGGAGGAGACGCUAUAGCUCAAGUCAUCUUUGGUGACUACAAUCCUUCUGGGAGACUACCAGAGACAUGGUACUCACAAGAGUUUGCAGAUAAGGUUGCAAUGACAGACAUGAACAUGAGACCUAACUCAACCUCUGGUUUUCCUGGAAGAUCUUACAGAUUCUACACAGGAAAGCCGAUUUACAAAUUCGGAUACGGGCUUAGCUACUCUUCUUUCUCGACUUUCGUUCUCUCAGCUCCAUCGAUCAUACACAUCAAAACCAAUCCAAUCUUGAACCUAAACAAGACAACCUCAGUCGAUAUCUCCACCGUAAAUUGCCACAAUCUCAAGAUCCGGAUCGUUAUCGGGGUCAAGAACCACGGGCAACGGUCUGGAAGCCACGUGGUGCUCGUGUUCUGGAAACCGCCAAAGUGUUCAAGAACUCUGGUAGGUGGUGGCGUGCCACAGACGCAACUGGUAGGGUUUGAGAGAGUAGAAGUUGGAAGAAGCAUGACAGAGAAAGUUACCGUUGAGUUUGAUGUCUGCAAAGCACUUAGCCUUGUGGAUACUCACGGUAAAAGGAAACUAGUCACCGGACACCACACGCUUGUGAUUGGUUCUAACAGUGAUCAACAAAUCUAUCAUCAUCUCAACGUUAGAUUGGCCGGAGAUUCAACGAAACAGAGAACUUUAAUGGAGGGGUUAAUUCCAUAUCUGAUUCAUGCUAUCAAGAAAGACCAUAAGCCUGAUCAUCAGAGGUAUCGAUCGAUGUCUGUAGGAUCGAGCCGAAGCUAUCGACCAUUAAUGAUGGGACAAGAAGGUUCUUCUUCGAUGCAGGGAUCUUCUCACCGUCGAACUAGAUCAGACUACAAUCCACCUGCUAUAAUGGAUAAGUCUGAUCAGAGAUCAUCAGAACUAAGAUCAGGUGUUCUUUUCAAGCUUCUAGAAGAAAUGGGAGUCGGGAAAGUGCGAAGAGACGUUGAUCACAGACCGGUUUUGCUGCAGAUAAGAUGCAUAAUCCCUGUGUUAGCAGCUGGAGGAUUAUGGCCAAACAAAGGUUUCUUCUUGAGGAUAACAGAUUCAACACAUUCAAUGUAUGUCUCAUUGCCACGGGAAGAGAACGAUCUUGUCCUCUACGACAAGUUACAAAUCGGGCAAUUGAUAUUCGUAGAGAAGCUUGAAUUCGCUUAUCCAGUUCCUAUGAUCAAAGGCAUUAGACCAACUCCAGGUCGAAGGGCUUGCAGCGGUGAUCCAAUCGAUCUAAUCCCUAAAGAACGGAUCGAAAAGUUCUGUGUCGGUCUAUCGGAUAUGGAAGAAAACUACGAUCACCAAGUGAAGAAGCCAAGAAGAACGAGAUGGAAUAACUCAAGCGUGUCUGAGUUAAAUUUUACAGAUUUGGGGUUAUCGAAAAACCUUUCGAGUGUUAUGGAAGAAAAGGAUGAUACAGAAUCAAUGAUUUCGAGUUGCUCUUCGUCUUUUUCUUCAGUAGCUAGGAGGAGAAGUUGGAUAGGCUCAGGUGAUAAUAGGAAGAGAAGAGAGUCAUUAGAUCCAUCCAUGAUUAAGAAUCAUGAUCAUGAGACUAAACAUGUUUCAAGAGCUCGAAGUUCUUCUGCUACUUCACCUUCGCUGUCUAUCCGAAGCUAUGGAGGGAUAGAGGAGAAAUCAAGUAGUAGAACAAGAAGAAGAGAUGGUGUGGUUUCACCUUCUCCAAGAUGGUCUAAAAGCUUAAGCUAUGGAAAUGGAAGUAAUAAGAGUAAGAACCUUCUUCCACCUAAAAGCAAUACCCUUGAAUCCUCAGAUUCGAUAUCGAGGAAAAGAAGCUGGACAGAGACAGAGAUUCUCUGGGAUUCACUUCCUCCAAAAGUUGUAAAUCUCGGAAAGGAAAUUUUGAGACAGAGAGAUACGGCUAUUCGAGCUGCAUCCCAAGCUUUGUUAGAGGCUUCAGCUGCUGAAAGAUUGCUCAAAUGUCUAAGGUCAUACUCGGAGCUUUCGGACAGGAGAAACCAACAUCAAGAAAAUCAACAGCCACCAAUUCAAGAUUUCUUGAGUUUCCAAGAUGAGUUAAGCAAGAGCAGGCUCAUCAUUCAAUCACUAUCAACUGAGAAAACAGAGCAUUGCAACUCAAACAUAGUCAAAACAAGAGAUGAGAGACGCGAAAAGGCGACUCAGUGGAUCAAAUCAGCAUUAGCUACCGAUCUCAAACUGGUUUCUUCUACCGCAAGUAAGCCUACACAGAGCCCCGGGAGAAAGGGUCUUACCCUAAUUGCUCAAGAAAUUGAUAAACGUGAAGAUAACACAACCGAAAGUGACUCGGGAUUGGGAGAGAGAAAGGAGAGGUUAAGCAGAGCAUCGAGCGAACUCAGAAGCUGGCUUAAGGAAGAAGGAAGAAGUUGGUAUCUAAGCCGUGUUGAGAAGUAUUUAGAUGAGAUCAGCAAUGAAACAAAGUGGAGAGAAAUGAGCAGUCAACAAGUAGGGGAAACAAUGUAUCAGAUUAAAAGAGUGAGUGAUUGGUUAGACGCCAUUGUUAAAGGAGAAGAAGAUGAGGAAGAAGAGGAAAUGGUGAUGAUGAUGAUGUCAGAGUCUGAAACAGAGGCUUGUGGUAGAAUCAUAGAAAUCAUGUCUGUAGCUAAAUAUCUUUCUCCGGAACGAGAAUCCAAAAGGCAGAAGAACGUACCAGAGAUCAUGGAACCCUCGUUUCCAUUGUUGUCUCCUGAUAACUGUGGUCACUGGUACAUUCGUCAUGGAGUCUGCAUCGUAUGCAAAUCAACGGUGGAAAAAAAUAUCCAAGGCCGAGUUUUCGACGGUUUACAGCUAAGCCAUGAGGCUUUAGCGUUAACGAAGCGUCUUACAACGAAAUUCUCUUGUCUCAACAUGAAGAAGCUUCACCUUGUCCUUGACUUGGACCACACGCUUCUCCACUCCGUUAGGGUUCAAUAUCUCUCCGAAGCAGAAAAGUAUCUAAUCGAAGAAGCGGGUUCAACAACAAGGGAAGAUCUAUGGAAGAUGAAAGUCAGAGGAGAUCCCAUAACCAUAACCAUUGAAUACUUGACAAAGCUACGACCUUUUCUUCGCGAGUUCUUGGAAGAAGCCAACAAGCUGUUCACAAUGUAUGUUUACACAAAGGGUACUCGCCGUUAUGCUAAAGCCAUUUUGAAGCUGAUUGAUCCAAAGAAACUCUAUUUUGGGCAUAGAGUGAUAACAAGAAAUGAGAGUCCUCAUACGAAGACACUUGAUUUGGUUUUGGCUGAUGAACGUGGAGUGGUGAUUGUGGAUGAUACGCGUAAUAUUUGGCCCAAUCACAAGAGUAACCUAGUGGUGAUUGGCAAGUACAAGUAUUUUAGAUUCGAAGGCCGAGUGUUAAAUCCUCACUCUGAGGAAAAGACAGACGAGAGUGAAAACAACGGUGGAUUGGCCGAUGUUUUGAAAUUACUCAAGGAAGUUCACCGUAAAUUCUUCAAGGUCGAGGAAGAGGUUGAGUCACAGGACGUUAGGUUGCUGCUAAAAGAUAUAGAAUUUGCUCGCCGAAGCUUUCUGUGUAAAAUGAUCUCUUUAAAAACCAUGUCUGUAGUUGAGAAUUUUUCUUCGGAACCGCAGGCCAAAAGACAAAAGAUCGAACCAAAGAUCAACGAGUCCUCUCCAUCGUUAUCCUCUUCUAGUAGUUGUGGUCACUGGUACGUUUUUCACGGAAUCUGCAUCGCCUGCAAAUCAACAGUGAAUAAAAGCCAAGGCCGAGCAUUCGAUUAUAUUUUCAACGGUUUGCAGCUAAGCCACGAAGCUGUAUCGUUAAACAAGUGCUUUACAACGAAAUUCUCUUGUCUCAACGAGAAGAAGCUUCACCUUGUACUUGACUUGGACCACACGCUUCUCCAUACUGUUAUGGUUCCAAGUCUUUUCCAAGCAGAGAAGUAUCUCCUCGAAGAAGCUGGUUCAGCAACAAGGGAAGAUUUAUGGAAGAUCAAAGCCAUAGGAGAUCCAAUGGAAUUCUUGACAAAGCUAAGACCUUUUGUUCGUGAAUUCUUGAAAGAAGCCAACCAGAUGUUCACCAUGUAUGUUUACACUAAGGGUAGUCGCGAAUACGCUAAACAAGUCUUGGAGUUGAUUGAUCCAAAUAAACUUUAUUUUGAGGAUAGAGUGAUAACAAAAAACGAGUCCCCUCAUAUGAAGACACUUGAUUUGGUUUUGGCUGAGGAGCGUGGGGUGGUGAUUGUGGAUGAUACGCGUACCGUUUGGCCCGAUCACAAGAGUAACCUAGUCGAUAUUAGCAAGUACAGCUAUUUCAGACUCAAAGGCCAAGAGUCAAUACCUUACUCUGAGGAGAAGACAGACGAGAGUGAAAGCGACGGUGGAUUGGCCAAUGUUUUGAAAUUACUCAAGGAAGUUCACAGUAGAUUCUUCAGAGUCGAAGAAGAGUUGGAGUCGAAGGACAUUAGGUCGCUGCUACAAGAAAUAGAAUUUGAACUCACCGAAGAAUCUGUAGAAUGAUCUCUUUCUGUCUUCUAAACUCUGUAGAAACUUCAUGUAAGCAUUGGAAAUUUGUCAUCUCAUAAAAUAUGUUUGCAAAG